UUUGCAGGUCUUGGACUGCGCACCUGAGACUUGACUUGAAGACCGGGGUCCAAAGGGCAAAGUGAGCGCGCGCCAGCCCGGACAGUCUCGUGGCGCGGUGUUUGUGUGUCCUCAGCUGACAAUAAACAGAUGAAGGCGGCCGCGGGGCCUGUGCCACCCCGAGGGGAGGAGAGGACGGAGCGGAGGGCAGGUCCAGCAGGGCGCGGUCUUCUUCUUCUUCUUCUUCUUCUUCUUCUUCUUCUUCUUCUUCUCCUCCUCUCGCGGCACCUCAUCUGUACUGUAGUAGGAUCUCUUCCAUUUCCAUUUCUGCCAACAGCCCUGCGCCACAGGGACGCAUUGAGAGCAAAGCCGAGAGGCAGAAACCGCUGCGGGGACACCCUCUGACCGCCGUGCCCAACAGGCGCAGCCAGCCUACGCACCGCGCGCCUCCGUGUCUGUCUGUAGCCCGUUUCUCACAGCUCCGACACAGAGAGGCCGCUUUGAACCUGUCUGCCAAGAUAAACUCACCUCGCCUAUUUAUGCCCCUGCCUCCGCGUGCACUCGGGACAGCGCAGAGGACAGGUUCAGGUCUUUCCAGCUCGUCUCCAGCGGCGCACUGGCCACUUUUACGCGCCGGGAAUGGCGACUUUCGGGGACUCGGGGAUGAGUCCUGCUCCGUUACGUCCACUCUAAAAUUAUCAAGGGGAGCCCACGCGAGGGGGCACAUCUAAAGAAAUACAGCGGUGACAUAUUGGGCCACCCGCCGGGGGAGUGACACACCGGCCCCGGGGCGGAAUGCUGCUCCCGACGCUGGUGACGUGCCUCGCCGGGUGCGCCUUUCUCCUGUCGCCGGUCAGCGAGGGCUGUGGACCGGGUAGAGGCUAUGGCAAGAGGCGGUCACCGCGGAAGCUCGUGCCGCUCGCCUACAAGCAGUUCAGCCCCAACGUGGCCGAGAAGACGUUAGGGGCCAGCGGGAGGUACGAAGGGAAAAUAACCCGGAACUCUGAGCGCUUCAAGGAGCUCACCCCCAACUACAACCCCGACAUCAUCUUCAAGGAUGAGGAGAACACAGGUGCAGACCGCAUGAUGACACAGCGCUGCAAAGACAAGCUCAACUCUCUGGCCAUCUCGGUGAUGAACCUCUGGCCCGGGGUCCGGCUGCGGGUCACCGAGGGCUGGGACGAGGACGGCCACCACUCGGAGGAGUCGCUGCACUACGAGGGCCGGGCGGUGGACAUCACCACCUCCGACCGCGACAGGAACAAGUACGCCAUGCUGGCGCGGCUGGCGGUGGAGGCGGGAUUCGACUGGGUCUACUACGAGUCCAAAGCCCACAUCCACUGCAGCGUCAAGUCAGAUCACUCAGUGGCGGCCAAGUCUGGAGGUUGUUUCCCCGGCGCGGCUCAGGUCACGUUGGAGAGCGGCGGUCAGAAGUCCAUCAGAGACCUGCGGCCCGGCGAUCGAGUCCUGGCCUCGACGGGCAGCGACGGCAGCGGGGAGCUGCUUUACAGCGAAGUCCUGACCUUCCUGGACCGUGACCCCGUGACCCCAAAACUCUUCUACACCCUGCAGACAGAAUCCGGGGCACAGCUCUCGCUCACCGCCGCCCACCUGGUGUUUGUAUCAGAGGGGAACUGCUCAGAGGGGGCGGCGCCGGCCCGUGGCGCCCUCAGGACUGUGUACGCCAGUGACGCCCGGCCGGGACAGUGUGUGCUGGUGUCGGAGGGUAAACCGGGACAGAGGCACAGAGAGGGGCGUCUGUCUCGGGUCACCCGGGUCAGUCUGAGGGAGAGGAGGGGGGCGUUUGCGCCGCUGACCCGGCAGGGCACGGUGGUGGUGGACGGGGUGGUGGCGUCCUGCUACGCCGUGGUGGACCAGCACUCCCUGGCUCACUGGGCCUUCUCCCCCCUGAGGCUGCUGCACAGCUGGACCGGGACCGCCGGACCCCACAGCGAUGGGAUCCACUGGUACUCGCAGCUCUUACACUGGCUGGGGGGGGUGCUGCUGGACUCAGGACGCCUCCAUCCACUGGGCGUGGCCCAGGACGACAGGUGAGGGAGGGGAACAGGUAAAAACGAACAGACAGGAACCUGAACCCCCCCCCACCGCGUGGCGGACACGGACCCCAAACACAAGCCUGUCGAGCUGAACAGGACCGUGAUGAAGGCGCUGACAGGACCGGAGACGUUUGGGUUCCUGCUGAGGCCUGAUGGGAAAAAAGACGGCGUGAACGGACACACAGGAACAGACAGAGAAUACGAGUCAGAGUGAGAAAGACUCAAACACACGUUUCACUUCAAACCUGAAACAAUUAUCCCUUAAUUUAUGAACCAAGCACCUUAAUCUUAAAAUAAGGAGCCAGAGAUUCUGCAGUUUGUCCAUUAAGUUAAAAAACUAAACACAUCAAAACAUUUCAAAAGCCAUUCAUUCAACUUAAUUGGCUUUUAAGUGGUGCAUGGAUUUCCCCUUAAAUGACAUAUUAAUUAGUAAUUUAAGGUGUUAUUAAGGUUGGGAUUUUAGUUUUCAUUAGAGGUCUGAGAUAUUUUCAUGUUGAAAUAAAAGACGUCUUAAGGGAUUUUAAAGUAAUAGACAGUUAAUGAACUAGGGCACUUUUAAGGUGAACUGUAAAUUAAAGAAUGGCUUUAAUGUUGCUUUAAUCAACAACAACAAAAAAACCCUUAAUCCAAACAGAAACCCCUUAAUAUAUUACAAUCUGUGACUUUAUCAAUGAAUUUAGCCUCAAUCUGGAAAAACCUUUUAAAAACCUGAAUUCAAAUUUCAUUCAUUUGCACCUGAACAUGAACCAAAAGCCCAACCUUCAGUUUAAAGGUGUUUCACCUUGAAGCCCUUAAACCAAGCUGAUAACCCAUUAACAAUAUUAUAAUAUAUAUUAAAAGCCAGUGCUGUGCUCUUUGUAAAUAAGUUGUUUGUAACUUUUACCGCUUUAAAACAGAGAUUUAGAGAAAAUGAUAGAGUGUAUUUAAGUGUUUGUUUACAGGAAAUCCAGUGAUGUUCAUGAAGUUAUUGUGGCUGAAGAGAUAUUAAAAAGAUUUAUUUUUGAAAUUAAAUUAUGUG